AUGAUGAUGAUGAAGAUGAUGAAGACUCACAUGCAGUCAAGGCCUUCCUCACUGGUGUCCUCGCUCACAAAGUCGCCUCGUGGACCAACAAUUAGAGCUUCACGAGAUCAUGUUCGUGCGGACAAUCUAAAAAGUCACAUUCCUUCAGGCUGUUCAUGUGGAAGAAAACAUUUUCUUGAAGCAGCUAGCCCGACCAUGCACUUGCUUCCCAUCCAUUCUCCUAAUGCUUCGCGAUCUAAGGAAGUGUCAGGAACAUUUCAGCAUCAGAGGCCAGACUGGUACAAGGAGCUUUUUGCUUGGUUCUUGAGCACAGGAAUGCGAGCUUAUGAAGCAGAGAUCGCCGGUUACAAGAGGAAACUGUUCGAAAAUCUGACUGCUAAAGCAGAAAAAGUGCUGGAGAUUGGUGUUGGUACAGGUCCUAAUCUGAAGUACUAUGCAAGUAAUGAAAACGUGUGUGUUUUUGGUAUGGACCCGAAUCAGAAAAUGGAAAAGUACGCUUGCGAAUCUGCUAGAGAAGCCGGACUGAAACCUGAAAACUUUAGAUUGUUAGGAGAAGCUAUACCAUUAGAUAAUGACUCUGUGGAUGCAGUCAUUGCAACACUUGUUCUAUGCUCUGUCUCUGAUGUUACUCAAACACUUAAUGAGAUCAAGCGGGUUCUGAAACCGGGUGGGAUAUUUCUGUUCAUAGAGCAUGUAGCGGCUGAAGAUGGAUCUUUUUUUAGGCAUGUCCAAAAUUUAUUGGAUCCACUAGAGCAAGUAGUAGCAGACGGAUGCCAUCUGACAAGAAACACCGGCUUAUACAUUUCCGCAGCUGGUUUUGGUGGUGGCGCUGAGAUCAACACUGCUUCAAUCCAUAGCUUCCCUUGGAUUAUCAGACCUCAUGUUUAUGGAGUUGCGUAUAAGUAA